GUCUCGAGUAGGCCAUAAAAGUCUGGUUCUUUCCCCACAACAAACACAGGUGUAGUUCCACACCCGCCCAGCAGGUGGCGGUAACGCGCCUCUGAGCUGGUUGCCAAGCGCCAAUAAGAACUAAGGAACAGCAACAACCUGCCCCCCGGAAGUCACUUGUCUUGCUAGUUAUGUAGCUAAUGCUAAAGUGGAGCUUUGUUUACAUGAUUUUAGAAAACUUUGAAAAUGGCGUGGAAAAGCGAAGGUCCUGCGCUUCCCCAGGCCUCCCUGCAUCUCCUGGUUCCUCCAGUGAGGCUUAUGUCCGCCUUCAUGUGGCGGGUCAUACAGCAGCACAGCGUGAUGCAGUACGACAAGCUGGUGGACUUCAUCGGUUUGGCGACAGAGAUCGUCCCUGAGAUCCUCAGCCCAAAGCAGAGAGCUCAGCUUGUCUUGGGCCUGAGAGCAAGGCUGGUUCUGGAGUUGUGCCGUGGUGAUGGCGUCGCUCAUCUGCAGAGCAUUCAGAGGCACCUGGACAAAAUCCACACCUGCAGCGUUGAACUUGGCUCCACUGAUCAGAUGAGCAGUAGUGAUAUCCUGAAGACCUCUUACAGCAACUUCGCCAACCUUGUUCAAACCCUCCUGAACGUUCCUUUUGAGAAGGAGUUCUUCUUCCAAGAAGUUUUUCCUGUAAAUUAUGGCUCGGUCUACGACCAACGACUUGAGCAGCUGGUGUCUGAGUUCUUGUCUAAGCUGGAGCAGCUGCUGCCCAUACCAGACCUGCAACAGACAGCAGCAUGGCUAACCGAUAGAACAGCUGUGUCAGAAGAAGUAGGACGACAUCUGGACGAACCUUUUGACUUGAAAAGUCUGCUGCUUCACCACAGACAGCUCGGAACUCUCAGCUCAGGUCCAUCCAGUGAUGAGGAUGAUACUGUUUUGUCAACACUGGCUCUCCCUUUUCAAACUGGAGUGGGAAAGCUAAUUGAGGAUAUCUAUGAUAGCAGGGAGGAGACCAUGGCACUGGAGGAUUUGGAAGAGUCCAAUCAAAGUUCGGACAUCAAUGAAGAUGAUUUGUUACCAAAAAAGAAAUCAGGCCCGCUGUCAUGUUUAUUCAUCUGCCCUCAGUGUUCAUUUGCUCACCGCAUAAAGAAGAAGGUCCAACAGCACAUCCAGCAGGAGCACAAUGUAACAGCUGCCAUUCAGAAAAAACAAUCUGGGAAAAGCAAGACUGGCAAGGAAAGUAAAGAAGUGAACAAUGAAGAGAAGACAGAAAAUGGCAACUUGGAGAAACAGAGAAGGCACAAACAGGCAGAUGGUGUUGAAAUAAAAUGUGAAAGCAAGCAGAAGAAAGACAACUUGGAAAAUAAGCUACGACGCCGACGGAAAGAGCCCAUGGGUGAGGACAAAAGGUUCCUGAGCACCCGGCCGACGAACAAAAACUUCACAGAGGACGAAACUAAAUGCCCGACAUGUGAAAAGGUUUUUGAACAUCCAAAUCAACUGAAGGCUCACAUCAAGCUGCACAGCUUUCGAUACAGCUGCAGCCAAUGUGAGAAAGGUUUCACAAGCCAGUCGGGCUACUACCAGCAUCAGCUGGUCCAUAAGAGGGGGCGAAUAUUCAUCUGCAGCCAGUGCGACAAGGGCUUCCUGUGCAGGAAUGCACUCAGGCAGCACGAGAGCCUGCACAAAGGCCCCAGCCACCUUUGUACCAUCUGCGGGAAACAUUUCAGCAAAACAGGCUUUGCAAGACACAUUCUAAUGCACAAAGGGGAGAGGAACUACCUGUGCACCACAUGCGGGAAGUCGUUUCUGUCCUCGGGGGAGCUGCUGCUGCACACUCGGACGCACACUGGUGAGACGCCGUACACCUGCACCCAGUGUGGGAAGGGUUUCUCCAGCAAGGGCCACCUGAACAUCCACACGCGCUCCCAUACGGGGGAGCGGCCGUACCUGUGCUCCGAGUGCCCAAAGCGUUUCCUCACACUGAACUGCCUGAAGAGACACACGCUGAGCCACAACGGGGUGAAGCCCUUUAAGUGCCCACACUGUGAGAGAGAGUUCUCUCAGCAGGGGAAUCUGAAAAGACAUUUAUCAGUUCACAAUACUGACACAUAAUGUGGCUUCAGCUCAAGGCUCGGCUCAGUCAUGGCAUUAUCUGUAGCAGAUUGUUUGAUGUCUUGUUCUUUUACCUAAGACAUUUAAAAUGAUCUGUUUUUUUAUAUAUAUUUAAUUUAGCAUUUAACAUUUCUGUUUUUAUAUUUAUUUGAUAUUUACUCGAGAAUCUCUGCUUGGCAAUGAAAAUGUGCUGAUAUUAAUAACCUCUGCAAACCUAAUAAGAGAA